CAAGCGAUAGGAUUGUUGUUAGUAUUACAAGGUUAAAUCGUGUGCAGUCAACUUAAAGCUAAACGCUUUUUCUUAAAUCCUUUUGUGAAGGGUAUUUCAAGAGUUUUCGUUAUCAAGAACCAUCAAAUGAGAAUCUAAAAGCCAAAGGGUUUUUUGAAGGAUAUUAUUUGAGGGGACGCUGCGGUCUCAUCGAUCGCCUUUUCACAGCUAGUGUUAGCCGGGGCCUGAUUGAUUAUCGAAGAGUGUUCUUUUUGAUCGACAAUGACACAUAUCCUCACGAAUCCUCAUCUACCACCACAAGGGGUGAAAUUCCGCUCCAAAUCAGCAGAAAUAAGUCGAAAGCAUGUCCACAAAGGAGGCCUGUCGAAUAAAGAGCUUGAUCGGAUUCGUAGUUUUUCAAGGCAAUCGUGGAAUCGACUAUACGAAGACCCUGGAAACCCAUUACCACGCGUAACAACUAACCAUUAUCAAACGACUUAUACAACGAGCUUUAGUUAUAAGAAAUUAGACGAAACCACACCAUCGAGAGCUACAUCACCAACAAGGAGAAACAAUCCACAUCCAACCAAGGCAUUUCUCCAUCUGAGGAUCAGGGAAGCUAGUGGUUUUCCAAGACCCAAGAUUAAAUUAGGGCAAGAUCCUAAUAGAGUUCCUGGACGGCCAGAAAAAGAACCAAUCAAUAUCCAGAGAACAAUGUAUUACACGUUGAAAGAAAUAAAGGAUUUACAGAAGCGAGGAGCUGAUGGGACUCUGAAGGCAAUUAUGCAACCAAAGGCUGUUCCCAUAACACAAGCUUGGAUGAAAAAUGCUUCAAAGCGAGAUGUGACAGCUGUAACAAAGUUCCUUGAAGAUGCUCAAGAGAAUGGAGAGCUGGAAAAGACUGUCACCACUACGUUUAAACCAGACAUUGCUCCAGCAGUCAAUAGGUGGUUGAAACAAGCAGGCAAUGAAGAAAGAGAAGCAGUAAUGAGACUUAUCCAGACCCUAUCAUCAGAUCCUUACCAAGAAGGAUACAUUAAUCCUAAGCAUGCAGGUCAACUAGACCCAGAUCGUUAUCUGCUGGGGAAAUAUACCUUAAAAGACAGCACAAGAGACCUUACUUAUGAUGUCAACCCUGAUUAUCGACGAAAAAGGACUGAAUUUUCAAGGGUUCCUGCCUCCUUCUUAUGAUGAUCUUAUUAACCUCAUACUUAAUGUAGUUAAAAUAAACUUAGGGACUUAGGACAGUUGAAAGAAAUUAGGUCAAAAUUAAUAGCAAGAUCUAGAUACAAGUUUUAUGGGAUAAUAUAAACUUGAAUGUUUCCUUGCACAAAAUUCCCAAAGCUUAUUAUUAUUAUUAUCAAAUUUCUGAAUACUUGCCAAUUAAUUGCUGAUUGUUGCUGCAAUGUUUUCCCAUUACAGACCACUUGUCAUUCCCUGGAGUAUCAUAUCUUUGUUUGAAGGUUGCCCAUUAGAAGACACAUGAACAUGGAUACAACUCAAACAAAGAAUCUUAUUGUCAAGACGUGCCAUUCCCUAGAGUAUCAUUUCUAUGUUUAAAGGUUGUGCUUGAGAAGACACAUGAAUAUGGCUAC